AUGGGAUACAAUAACAUCACAUUCACAGAUUUCAACUACGGCACAAUCCAGAUUGCACCGUGUGGCAACUGGUCGGGCUUCGAGUUUCAGGUCAGCGCUUCAGCGUGUAACAUAAUUAUUUUGGAUAUCCGCAAUGACACCAUUGUCCGCGACAAUGCCAGAGCAGAGGUACGCGAUAUAAUUACAGGUUUUCAGGUUUACUUGGGUAAUAGCACCAGAGCGGCGCGCACAAACUCUGGCAAUAUACAUAAUACUCCAUAUGUCGGAAUUGCUGUUGGAAUAAUCUUUGGCGUGUUUGCAUUUAUACUCGUUAUCAUGGGUGUUGUUGGUGGUACAUGCAGCGGAUAA